AUGAAGCUAUUCGCAUACGUCAUCGCUGCCUUGACCCUCGUCUCAACCGGCCUGGCGGUUGAGGUCAAGAAGCAAGUCAUCAUCACAUACCCGUCCGACACCCCAGACUCUGUUUUACAACAGGCAAAGAACAUGAUCACAGAGUCCGGCGGCGUCAUCACUCACAACUACGACAUCAUCAAGGGCUUCGCUGCGACUGUCGGCGAGAAGAUCCUGCAGACCGUGUCAACCAUGGACUCGCAAUACAAGGCCACCGUUGAGGAGGAUCAGGUUCUGUCCAUUACGGGCGAUGCCUGA